UGAACAGUUUACCAGUUUAGUAAGAUUUGUCUACUAGAGUUAACGGUCAAUUUACAGCCUAUAGGUAAAAUAAAAAAACAGUUUAGAUAAAAUAAAAAAUUGUAUUUUUCAUCAAAUUAAAGAUGUCAAGGAUAGAAGUUAUAAAAGAAUCAAUAGAAAAAACGUUGAAGGAUGAAAACAAACCAUGGGUGAAGCUAUUUGCAUUUGCUGAAGAAAAAACUGGAAUCAAUCGACUAUACCUAUUUGUUGGAUUUAUAGUUAUUUUCUCAUUAUAUUUACUAAUUGGAGUUGGACAACAGCUAGUGUGUAAUAUUAUUGGUUUUGUUUAUCCUGCAUAUUAUUCGAUGAAAGCUUUAGAAAGUCCUAACAAGAAUGAUGAUUCAAAAUGGCUUACUUAUUGGAUUGUAUUCGCUCUCUUUACUAUCAUUGAAUUCUUUUCAGAAUUUAUCGUAUGUUGGCUUCCUUUUUAUUGGUUAUUAAAGUGUAUCUUCUACAUAUGGUUAAUGGCUCCAAUGGAAUAUAAUGGUUCUUUGAUUAUUUAUCGACGUAUUGUACGCCCAAAAUUUUUGCAAUAUCAUUCUCAUGUGGACAAAUUUCUAUCAAAUACUCGCGAUAAUGCAAUAAAAGCUACAGUAGAUGCAGUUCUAGCAGACAAACGAGAUUAACAGUAAUGUUUGCAUUAUAGUAUAUUUUUGUUUUUAUCCUGAAAUCACCAAGCUUGAUAUAAUGCAAAAAUUACAUUGAGCAUUUUAUAAUCAUAUUGUGCCCAUGAAUUAAAGUGCUAUUUGAAAUUUUU